AUGAAUGGGUCAAGAGUGAGCGACCAGAAUACCAAAGCUCGACUUGCUGCUCAGUUCAACCAAUUCUAUUUACAAAUCACAUCUCCCGAAGUUACCCAGAUAGGAAACUAUCAAAUUAUUAAGGAAAUAGGCGAGGGCGCUUUUGGAAAGGUUUAUUUGGCUAAUCAUGUUCUUUUGAACGUGCAAGUGGUGUUGAAGUGUGGUUUGAUUGACGAUCCAAAUAUUGUGAGAGAAGUAUACUACCAUAGACAAUUACAACAUAAGAAUAUUGUGAAAUUGUAUGAAGUAAUAAAAUCGGAAAGACACUUGUGGAUGGCACUCGAGUAUUGUGAAGGAAGUGAAUUGUUUUACUACAUAUAUGAAAAACGAAGACUCGAAUAUCAUGAAACUCAAAACUUGUUCAACCAAAUAAUAACCGGAGUAAAAUAUGUGCAUUCUCUUAACCUAGCACAUAGAGAUUUGAAAUUGGAGAAUAUACUAUUGGCAGAUUCUAAGAGGUCAAUUGUUAAAUUAACUGACUUUGGAUUUGUUCGAGAAUUUAACCCGGUGAAACGUCAAUUUCUUUCCACAGUUUGUGGCACAACUGUUUAUAUGGCCCCAGAGCUAAUUAAGAAUCAGCCAUAUUCGGGUUUUGCAAUUGACAUUUGGUCUUUAGGUGUCAUUUUAUUCACCAUGCUUUAUGGUGAAAUGCCAUUCGAUGAAGAUGAUGAUUUGAAAACAAAAUACAAGAUAAUCAACGAAGAGCCACUCUAUAGAGACUCAAUUCCGCAAGAUGCGAUUGAACUUUUACGAAAGAUGCUUUCCAAGGAUCCGCGUGCACGUCCUGGGCUAAGUGACAUAUCAAACUCGUCAUUUUUGAUCGAUAUCAGUAAUAAAACUUCUGAGAAGAACAAUAGAUCUUCUUUCUAUAAUGACCAAGAAUCAAUUCUUUCAAUAAGUCAACACUAUAGUUCCGAGAUGCAACCAUUCCAAUCAAAGAUGGACCGAAAUUUAAUGAGGAAAUUGGAUAAAUUAAACAUUGAUAUUAUUCAGCUCCAACAAGAUGUAUUGAAUGGUGAAAAAAAUCCACUAACAGCUUUUUAUGAGUUAUCCUUAGUUAGAGAAUUUACUAAGAAGAAGAAACAUUAUAGAGAGAAGAAAAGAAAGUAUAACGAAGCAAAAAAGUCGUUGAUAAAUUCUCGUAAAAAAGUAAAGAGUGCUCUUUCUUUAUCUGAGCAAGGAAGUGGCUCUCAACCGCUAGAAAGAAUUAUUUCAAGUUUAAGUUUAAGUUCGAACAGGAAUAGCAUUAGCAGGACAAAUCUCUCCAAGAUUGGAUCACGAAAAUCCAUUGAAUUCAGCGAUCCAUACAAGAAACCCCGUGGCUCUGAGCUGAAUAGAAAUUCCUUAACAGGGCAACGAAUGAGCAAAACAGUUUCUAAUUUAGACCAUGACUAUACACCUAACUCAAUACUUGAAGGAACCGAUAGUAAUAUCGAAGUACCACUCUCAAAAAUAGUUACCUUUAACCAAAGUGAAAUGAAAAGAAGACCUUCAAAUGCCACGACUACGCUAAGUUCUACAACAGGGAGCGAGAACCUGAAGAAGAAGAUUAAGAACGCCAAAAUCUUAAACAGGCUUCAGUUUUGGAAAAAAAAUAAGAAUAAUAAUGGUCUCGAAACAGCAAGAGAGAAUACGACGAAGCCAACAGAACCCCAAUAUGGCAACGGCGAAAAAAUUCCAUUAAUCAGUAAUGGCAGUUCCCCUAGUCCUAAGACUAAUUUGAACGAAAUAAACAGGAAUAUAGUCCCUAUAAUUGAGACACAAGAUACAACGCUUGUCAAUGAAAAUCUGAUACCUAAUAAUGAGAAUGAAAUCGAAGCGAAGAAUGACUUAAUUCAGGAAAUGGAUAAUAAUAUGGAAGACUCGGUAUUUGAAUCACCAAAUAGACAAGCCACUCCAACACUGGAGAAUUAUCCUAUGUCGUCGAAAUAUUUAAAAACAAGACCUUCAUCAGUUGUAUCCCAGGCAAGUCAAUUAAGCCAUUUGAGUCAACUCUCAACCAUGAUGUCCGAAACUGAUCUUCUUGGCGAAACAGAUACCAUGGAUGAAGAAGAGUAUGACGAGGAUGGUAUUUACGAGUCGUCUUUGGAUAAUUUUCAACAAGAUUUCCCUCAAAGGCAUUCGUCUGUGAUGACGCCAACUUCAGGAUCAUCAGUUACUAAAAAACGGCCAAGUUAUAGGCGAACAUUAUCGUCGGAUAUUUCAAUAAUGUCUACAUCGACCGCUGCCACGGGAUCAAAUUCUGCUCCUGCCAAGUCUCAUCAUCAGAAAAGAUCGUUAUCACGUUUGUCUAGUAAUUCGUCGGAGGAAAGUUAUUCCCAGUCCAGAAAGAAUGCCACCAUGAAUGGUCACUUAUUUGCAUCGCCAGUACCCACAGUUCCGAUGACAGACCUAGCGAGCGAUAUUAAUUCUAGCUUAUCGCCUGUGCCUAAUAGACCAUCGUCUCCAGACGGAACGCCACCACCCAAGAAAAUGACGUUCGUUAAUUCAAAACUUUUGCGCCAUUCAAGAAACACUGCUUCUCAAAACUCAAUACCUUCUAUUAAUAAGAUUAAUAGCGUACCUCAACCAUAUCAAUUUCUCAAUGACAAUGAAGCUACCACAAGAUCUCAUUCUCCACCAAUACCAAAUAAGUUUAAUAAACUCAAGCUGAAGAAUAAACCAAUUAAUAAUAUCCAGGAACAGCCAUAUAGCUCAAAGUUUUCUGUGAAAACAACCUGGCCUUCUAAAGCUAAUCAACAGGAAAACAACGAUGUAAAUUAUAGAAACAUGCAACUGAUAGAUGAUAAUUCAGUUUGGAAUAAAAACAAUAAUACUGCUAUAGGCCCUAUGAAUGGGAAAAAUAUGUAUCAAGCCAAUUUUAUUAUCAAUGAAGAGGAAGAAGAUGAAAACUAG